AUGCUCGCGGCUGCGCAGGCAGACAAGACCCCUCACUGGCCAUCAUUGUAUUCCCUUGGGGUCGAGCUAUUUCCGAUCUCACAUCGAGCACCCACACACAAGGAUGGUUCAUACUUGUACAAUGCCAACGUGGUAUUUCGCUUCACACUGUAUUGGACGCUCGUCCUUUACACGCCAGCGUUUAUGCUGUGCGGGAUAUAUGCAUUCCUGAAUAUCGUAUUUCCUCCCCAGAGGCUCCAGCGUGCAUCUUGGCGAAGAGCAUCCUUCACUUUCCCGUUCUCCUCGCCCCCUACGGCUCCAACUAGUGGCGACAUACAGCUGCAGGCCUAUGAUGCAAUCCCCAAGAAGGAUAUGCCGUCUCAAUAUCGCUCCAGGACGAUGCUCAACGAGAAGCGGUCCCGCCUUACUUUUGGUCUCUUGGUGGUGUUGACGUACGGGGUGUUUGCUUUGACCGGAGCGGUGAUAGGGUCAGCCUUGAUUGGAUAUGUCUUAGCGGGAAUUUUUACUGCGGGGGACUACAACAUGUCUACUUGGAUGCCGUUCUUGGGGGCUCUCCUGCAGACGCUCGUGGGCUAUCUGGGACUUUGGCCCUCGGUCGUGGACAUCAUCUAA